GUAAAUAUACGAUAAGGACUGUCGGAUACAUGGAAGAAUAUCAAGAAGAGCAUGAAAGUAGGUUGAAAACAAUGUAAGUCAUAAUAAACGGCAAACUGUUAGUAAGAAACCCCACUAUCGUGAGCCGAGCUUAAAAUGGUGGACAAGCUGCAUGAGUAUCAGGGCCUGACCGGACGGGUUCAUGAAAUCAGAGACAACGCACGUGAAAAAUGGAAAUACUGGAAAGAAUGGAAGGAGCUUAUACCGACAGACCGUGGACUAGAGGGUGUCCUUGGCUACUUGCAUGGACCCCCAAAAACAGAGCGCACUCUCGAAGAUUAUGCCCAUAUCUAUAAGCCCAAGUCGCGGCUGGAGCUGGUGCGCAUCUCGGCCGCAGUAAUGGGUAUCGAGUUCUCCUAUGCGGCAGAGACAGCCUUCGUUUCGCCGACGUUGUUGAAGAUCGGCGUUGACCAUCAGCAUAUGACGCUUGUCUGGGCGCUGAGCCCUCUGGUAGGCUUCUUCGUGACCCCGAUCCUGGGCAGCGUGAGUGACCGGUGUCGACUGAAGCAAGGCCGUCGUCGGCCCUUUAUUCUUCUCCUCGCCAUUGGCGUCCUCGUGGGUUUGAUUCUUGUACCUAAUGGCGAGAGUAUUGGCUAUGCAUUUGGUGAUACCUCAUCGAAUUUCACGAUGGGAAUGCUGCAUCGAACGACCGCGAAAACAAUGGGAAAUGACUCUCUUCCACCGAUUCCACCAUCCUCCCACUCAUGGGGUAUAAUCUUCACUAUUCUCGGUACCGUCCUUUUAGAUUUUGAUGCUGACGCUUGUCAAAGCCCAGCCAGGGCUUAUCUUCUCGACGUGACUUUACCAGAGGAUCACGCAAGAGGAUUAAGUACCUUCACCAUAAUGGCGGGAUUAGGAGGUUUUAUGGGUUAUGGCCUCGGUGGCAUAAAUUGGGACGCAACAAGUAUUGGCAUUGCACUUGGUGGCCAUCUUCAUGCCACUUUUACACUUAUCACUUUUAUCUUUAUUAUUUGCGUGGCAAGUACGUUAACAAGUUUUAAAGAAAUACCUUUGGAUUUCAUUGAAAGUAACGAAUAUAAGCAACAACUUCAGCAAAAGUUGGAAAAUGAACAACGAGAUAAUGAGCAAGAAAAAAUAACCGAAGAAGACUCUAUUACUUAUGAAACCGGCGGAAAUGAAUCGGAAAUUAAUAGCAUUGAUAAUACUCAGGAAUUCCAAAUGAAAGAACUAUCGAAUGAGCCGUGCAAGCUCGGAACGGCUCCAAUAUUUCCUGAUGUACAAUCAUCCGUAAACUUGGAUAGCCGUAUCAUCGAGUCAAUAGAUGAUGCGAAUGUCGAUCCUAAAGCAACAAUCCGAGAGUAUCUUUUAUCAAUCCUCUACAUGCCGCACAGCAUGAGGAUGGUGUGUUUGACGAAUCUUUGUUGCUGGAUGGCCCACGUGUGUUACUCAUUGUACUUCACCGAUUUUGUCGGUGAGGCCGUUUACGGCGGCGAUCCCACAGCUCCUGAAGGAUCGGAGAAACGUGAAUUAUACGAAUCUGGUGUAAGAUUCGGUUGUUGGGGAAUGUCGAUGUAUUCGCUAUCGUGCGCAUGCUACUCACUAAUUAUUGAGAAAUUAAUUAAGCGUUACAAAGCGCGCAAAGUUUAUAUUUAUGGCUUACUUUUCUAUAGCUGUGGAAUGAUGAUGAUGGCAUUAACAAAGCAUGCCGUCGGUGUUAUAAUUUUUUCGUGGACAGCUGGAGUAAUGUAUUCCACUCUUUUUACUAUGCCUUAUUUAUUGAUCGCACAUUAUCAUGCUUCUGAUACGUUUGCAGUGGCACCGAAUGGAGAAGUAAUACAGGAUGGUGGUCUACGCGGCCUCGGGACCGAUGUAGCAAUUGUCUCCUCCAUGGUAUUCCUCGCACAGUUCCUCCUUUCGUGCUGCCUUGGUACCAUUGUCAGCCUCUCCGGUACGACCACCGCCGUCGUCUGUGUCGCUAGCACACUUGCAGCUUGUGGCGCCCUCUCGGCCACCCAAAUCAUGUAUCUCGAUCUGUGA